AUGCUCCGCGCCUCUCGCGCCCUCCUCCGCCCGCAGCUGCUCAACGGACUCCCCCGCCGACCCAUUCCUCGCAGCAGCCGAUCAGUCUGCCACCGCUCCGCCGCCAGACAUCUCGGGGCAUCCCUCUCGGGCUUUCGCAGAGGCGGCGCUGUCAAUCGCCCUGGCGACGGCGCAUUGAUCAGGGUAGGGUCCUCCAGAGGAAUCUACGGGAGGGGCCUGAAUCGAAUCGUGGGAGCCAUGGACGUGAGCCUUGAGCCCCCGCCGUUUCCCUCUGUGGCAUGUGUGGACGAGGGCCCCACGGCGUGGACGGGGGACCUGCUUGGCGUGGCGGUGUUCGAUGAUGAGCUGGAGGCCAACGGGGAGAAGGGGAAGAAGAUCAAGGCCGGCGGCGACCUGGCUGCCCUGGAUGAGCAUUUCGGCGGCGCGCUCUCCGACGUGGUCGCCACGUUUGAUUUCGGCGGCAAGGCCGGCAGCUCCGCCUUCGUUCGCAGCGGGAUGGCAUCCGCCCCCGUGCGCGUGGGGCUGAUCGGCAUGGGCGCCAGGGACAAGGCCAAGAUCACGCCGGAGUACGGCGCCAGCGUGUUCGCGUCCGUGGGCGCGGCCAUGGCGGCAGGGGCGAAGGCCAACAAGUCCAAGGCGGCGGCGGUUGUGCUGCUUGGGGUGGGGGAGGACUUGGGGGCUGUUGCUGGGAGGCUGGCGUCGGGACUGUUCCUGGGGGCCUACGAGGUGACCCGGUUCAAGGCCAAGCCGGCGCUGUCGCCGCUGGAGUCGGUGGGGCUGAUCGGAUUCGGGGGCUGCGAGGGCGUGGGGGAUGCGGUGGAGAGGGCGGCGAUCGAGGCCCGCGGGGUGAUGCUCACCAGGUACCUGGUCGAGUCGCCUCCCAAUGUGUGCACCCCUGCACACAUGGCCGACGCCGCAAAGCUCAUCGCUGACAAAUUCCCAGAUGUCCUCAGCCUGAAGGUGCUCGAGCGUGAGGACUGCGAGAAGUUGAAGAUGGGCUGCUACCUGGCUGUGGCUCGUGGCUCAAUCAAGCCUCCCAAGUUCAUCCACAUGACCUACAAACCCAAGGAUGCUACUGGCAACGAAAAGAAGAUUGCCAUCGUGGGCAAGGGCAUCACCUUCGACUCGGGUGGCUACAACCUUAAGGCUGGGGCUGGGUCGCUGAUCGAAUCGAUGAAACUGGACAUGGGCGGUGCAGGUGCGGUGCUGGGAGCUGCGAUGAUCGUGGGUGCCCUCGCCCCUGCCGGUGUUGAGGCCCAUUUCAUUGGCGCUUGCUGUGAGAACAUGAUAUCACAAGAUGCCUACCGCCCGGGCGAUGUGAUCACUGCUUCCAAUGGCAAGACGGUCGAGAUUCUGAACACCGAUGCAGAGGGCCGCCUUGCGCUUUGCGAUGGGUUGGUGUAUGCACAGGAACAAUGUGGCGUAGAGGCAGUGGUUGACACCGCUACACUUACUGGGGCAUGCAUCAUUGCCUUGGGUGGUAAUGUUGGUGGUCUUUUCACACCCAGUGACAGCAUGGCCGCGCAGAUCAAGGCUGCCUCCCAGACAGGGGGAGAGAAGAUAUGGAGGAUGCCUUUGGAGGAAGAGUACUUCGAGAGCCUGAAGUCGCCCAUCGCCGACGUCAAGAACGUGGGCAGCCGCUGGGGCGGCGCCAUCAUCGCCGCCCUUUUCCUCAAGGAGUUCAUCAAGACGGACACCGUGAAGUGGGCGCACCUGGACAUCGCUGGGCCGGCCUUCCAGCUGGACAAGGGGCAGGCCACGGGCUUUUGCGCAAGGACGCUUGCGCACUGGGUGGCACAGUAUGGGAGCGGGUAG